GGAGGCGCCAUGGCCGGGCUGGCCGCGGCCGAGCCCCCAGCCCCACAGCCGGCCUCCCGCUCCGCGGCCCUCGGCCCCUCCCGCAGCGGCGGCGACAGGCGCAGGAACGCCCCGGACGCCGCCCAGGACACACAGCUGAGAUCAGAGGAUUUGAAUCACGUCAUCACACUACUCAAAGGUUCGGGCUCAAAAGAUUUGGAAAAAGAGCAGCUGAAAACUCUGAAGAAGGUAGUCAAGAAUUUUGAAAAUGGACUUCCCAUUAAGAAUGUAGCACAAAUUACCGAAAUUCUUAACCUGUGUGCAGAAAAAGUGAAUGAACAAGAAGCUUUCACUGAGCCUUUAUGUGAACUUAUUAAAUUGUUUGGGUUACCAUUUCAAAAAAAGAAAUCAUCUGAUGAAGUAAACUAUUCCGCUGAAGUUGCACAAUCCAUUGCACAACUGGGUUACUUGAUGAGAGUGCCAAGCUCUCAAGUUAAAAUACAAAUCUGUAAGAGUAUUGUUAACUUCUAUAAUACGGAGCUACCAGGAAAACUACUUCCAGGUCACCAGCCAACAAAUGCAAACUAUAAAAUCCAGAUGGCUGAAGGAGGAUUAGUAGAAGCUCUUGUUUUGUCACUACCAUUAGUUGAAAAUCAACUUACUGAGAAGUUGUGGGUACUUAAAGCUCUCCAGCAUCUUUCCACCUCUGGAGUAAGUUGUGAACAAAUGGUGAAGACCCAAGCAGCCAGCAGGCUUUGUUUGUAUCUAAAUGGUGCUGAUCCCUCAGGACAGCUAGUGUUCCAUUCCUCAGAUAUCCUAUGGAACCUGCUAGAAAGCACCUCAAAAGAAGAAGUUACUAAUCAGCUCAGGAGCUUGGAAUGUGUGCAUGCUUUGAAAGAAGCAUUUGCAGCCCUCCUCACGCGUGGCUUCCGGCACUGUGAUUAUCAGCUACGGAAUGACCUCUUGGUGAUUGCCACAUUACUAGCUAAAAACCCUGCAGUACAUAUGAUUGAAAGUGGAUUUGCAAAGCUCUUAAUAGCACUUGCAACAUUUACUGAAGUUAAACUUCCCAAUCCCUUCGUAAAAGGUUUUAAACUUACUUACUCAUAUGAGGAUUUUGAGAUGAAGAAGUUACUAUUUAAUAUCAUAGGAAUUUUAUCUAAAGACCCAUCUGCUGCACAGCUCCUCAGUGAAAAUCAUGUGAUGCCAGCUUUGCUUUAUUAUGUAAAAAAAAAUGAAAAGCCUGGAUUUCAUGACUGGUCUGCUUCCCAAUAUGAAGAAUUACAGCUUCAUGCAAUUGCUGUUUUAGCUUCGGUGGCUCCUGUGUUAGUAGAUAAAUAUUUGUCCUGCCGAGCGAAUACUCUUCUCCUUGUGUUUCUAGAAUGGUGUCUAGGCCAAGAUCCUUUCUAUGGUCAAGGUAACAGUUUCCAUGGAACAGAUGGUCGUGGCAACAAACUUGCACAAAUGCACUACAGCAUCCGAGUGCUGAGAUCUGUUGUGGCCCUUUAUGAUGAUGCUGUGAGCACUGAUUUGUAUGACCAGGGAGCAAUUAGCCAGCUACUGGACACCUUAAAGUAUGCAGCAGACAAAUCUAAAGAAAAAGAAGGUACCGUUCUACUGGAAAUCCAAGCUGACAUAUUAUUUAUUUUGUCUGUUCUCUGUGAAAAUGAUGUCCACAGAAAGGAACUCUUCAGCUGUGAAGGAAUUGAUAGACUUAUCCCAUUCUUUAAGAUGGAUCCAAGGACGUUAUAUAUUGGAUUAGGCUACAGUUGUGUCCUUCUCAGUGCCCUCGACUGCUUGUGGUCCUGUGUCAUUGGAUGUUCCGUUGCAGAGGACUGUUUUAUUGAAAAACAAGGCAUUUUCCUCCUUCUGGAUUUGUUGGCAUCAAAGGAACAGAACCUGUGCAAUAUAAUUCUUGGAAUCUUGGUUGAAUUUUCUGACAACCCUAAAACCACUUUGCACAUGCGUGUCUGGCGAGGGAAGAGAGAUCAAACAGCAGCUAACCUCCUAAUACAGUUAUGGAGACAGGAGGAGUUGGAUUUGGGAGUCAAACGUGAUCAGCAUGGAAAGAUUAUUGACACUAAGAGACCUCUUGCUACCAGCUUCCAGAAACAGCAAAAGGUCAUACCAGUGCCUGCCAGCUGUCCCAGUUUUGCCAUCAUGGAAAUUUCAGAGAACAUACGGGCAAAAAUUUAUUCAUUAUUUUGCAAGCUAGACAUAAAAUAUUAUAUUUUUAGAGAAAUUCAUCAUACUGAUGUAAUUAAUAUUCUUCUAGGUUUUGAAAAUUUACCUGGCUUAUCUGCUAAGGAUUUUGUUACACUUGCUAUUAUACAACGUUAUCUUGACUUUAAAAUUGGAGAGGUUUGGAGUGAAAUACGUAAAGAACUAAAAGAAGAAUUCAGGCCUGUUACGCCUGACAUGACAAUCUUGAAAUUUACUUCAGAGGCGUCAGAAACUACUGGGGAAAGUGUUGCUGUUCUGCAGAAUGAAAUACUUGAAAGACAACACCACGACAAAAUACAGGAAGAGAAAAAAAUUUACAAAGAAAUCAAAGAUGCCCAUAUACAGAGAGAAGUGAUAAAGGAAUCUUGGGAAAAUUUCUUGACUCGGACAUCAAACUAUGAGGCGUUGAAGAAAGCAAAAAGGCUCCAGGAAACAUUAAUAGAGACUUCCAGAUUGAAAGCAAAGAUUCAAAAUGGACCAGACUAUUCUACUGAUAUUAAAAACCUCCAUAUAACAAUUGGACCUGGUCGCUUUGUAACUGUGCAAAGAGCUCCUCGUCAGCACGGUGGAGGGCCACUGGCUGAUAUAGACCAUGAUCAUAGAAAGUCCUCUGUUUCUAAAGGAGCUGUAAAAAAGAUCAAAAGAGAUAAAACACUGGACUCGGUAAAGAAAAAAUCAGUACCUGUAGAAUAG